AUGAAGCGCAAAAUCAUUGAGACUGAAGCCAACACCAUGCUCUCUUAUUUUAAGCAACCAUCAUUAGCAUCGCGAGGCCCGUCCUCGGGCUGCCCAUCAGGUACCUAUACGACGCCAAAUGGCUUACAAUUCAACACAUACUGCGGUAUCGAUCUGCUCGCUGCCGAAGUAGGAAACACCACUGAAGCAAGCAUCUCUGACUGCAUGGACCAGUGUUCGUGGUAUCAGCCCGCUUGCUACGGCGUCACAUAUUACACCCAAAAUGAAACAUGUUCAUUCAAAGGAGAAGGCGUAAACUCGACCAUGUUGAGCACAUCGGGUAGCGAUAAUGCCAACGUCAACAGCGCGAUCGCAUACGCAAAUCACCUGUUAGCCUUGGACGGGACCUGUCCGUACCAAAACAACUCGGUAAUCGAAACCAGCGAGGGCACACCAUUUCAUAUCGUCUGUGACAGGGAUAUGGCCGGCUGGGGCGACUAUUUUCCCUGGGGACUUAAUUACAGACCACAUACGGAUACGAUGAGUGAGUGCAUGGAACUAUGUGCCCACGCGCAUCCCCUUUGUCUCGGAGUAUCAUGGAACUCCGACUUAAGCGAGGGAUAUGGAAAUUGUUAUUUGAAAAACUCGCAAAAUGGGACUCUUACCAGUGAGACCGUGCAUACGCAUUCUGGACUCGUCAAUCUACCGUCAAUCGAUGCAUGCGAUCCGAACACCGAUGCACAACAAAUCUCAAGUAACGGCAAGACAUUCAACGUGACUUGCUUUGAAGGCCGACUUGGAAGCAGCAAUAUCACAUCGGUCUAUAGCGCGAAUAUUACGGAGUGUAUCAACGAAUGCGCCACCCAUAAUGGAACAGAUUCAUGCCUUGCCGUCUUUUACGACAAUUCGUUUGCCGAUGGAUUUGACAAUUGCUAUUUGCUAAAUGCUACGGGCACUGAAACAGCUCCGUUGAAUUCGACCUAUGCUGAGCUUGUUUCCAGCGAUAAUUCUUCUGCUGAUAGCAGCAGCAGCAAUUCCUCGUCCAACAAAUCGUGGAUCGCAGGACCUGUUGUAGGAGCGGUAGCGGCUUUGAUAAUUGUUGCGUUGGGAUUCCUCUGGUGGAAAAGAAGAACCGGGCGACAGCAAGAUGUAAAAUUCGCACCUAUUGAACUAGAUCAGAGUCCAUCGCCGGUUAAGGCUGUGGACGUUUCUGAGAUGCCUCCUGACCAUCAUAUUACAGAGAUGGACGGGACGGUCGUGAGGCAUGAAAUGCCAUGA